GUCUCUGCCGCCCUCGGCCGCGCCUCAGCUCUGAGGCUCGCCUCGCAGCCGCAGCGGCCCCGCGAGCAGGAGGAGGAGCCGCCGCCGCAGCAUCAAAGAGACCGAAUUCCCGCGGCCUGGGGGGGAGUCAUGCUUUGCGGUCUGUAAUGUCAGCAGAACAGGAGAAGGAUCCCAUUUCGCUGAAGAGAGUUCGAGGUGGUGAUAGUGGACUGGAUGGGUUAGGAGGACCAGGUGUGCAACUAGGAAGCCCAGAUAAGAAAAAACGCAAGACAAAUACACAGGGGCCUUCUUUUCCUCCAUUGUCUGAGUAUGCUCCGCCACCGAAUCCAAACUCUGACCAUCUAGUGGCUGCUAAUCCGUUUGAUGACAACUACAAUACUAUUUCCUAUAAACCACUACCUUCAUCAAAUCCGUAUCUUGGCCCUGGUUAUCCUGGCUUUGGAGGCUACAGCACAUUCAGAAUGCCACCUCACGUUCCUCCAAGAAUGUCUUCCCCAUACUGUGGUCCUUACUCACUCAGGAAUCAGCCACACCCAUUUCCUCAGAAUCCUUUGGGCAUGGGUUUUAAUCGACCUCAUGCUUUUAACUUUGGGCCACAUGAUAAUUCAAGUUUUGGAAAUCCAUCUUACAAUAAUGCACUAACUCAGAAUGUUAACAUGCCUAAUCAACAUUUUAGACAAAAUCCUGCUGAAAACUUCAAUCAGAUUCCUCCGCAGAAUGCUAGCCAAGUAUCUAACCCUGACUUGGCAUCUAACUUUGUCCCUGGAAGUAAUUCCAAUUUUAGUUCUCCGUUAGAAUCUAAUCAUUCUUUUAUCCCUCCCCCAAACACUUUUGGUCAAGCAAAAGCACCACCCCCAAAACAAGACUUUAGUCAAGGAGCUACCAAAAACACAAAUCAAAACUCCUCUGCUCAUCCACCUCACUUAAACAUGGAUGACACAGUGAAUCAGAGUAAUAUUGAAUUAAAAAAUGUGAAUCGAAACAAUGUCGUCAGUCAAGAGAAUAGCCGUUCGAGUAGCACUGAAGCUACAAACAACAGCCAUGCAAAUGGGACACAGAGUAAACCACGACAGCCUAGAGGUGCCACAGAUACAUGCACCACUGAGAAAAGCAAUAAAUCUGCUCUCCACCCAAGCCGUCAUGGGCAUUCUUCUUCUGACCCAGUGUAUCCUUGUGGAAUUUGUACAAAUGAAGUGAAUGAUGAUCAGGAUGCCAUCUUAUGUGAAGCCUCUUGUCAGAAAUGGUUUCAUCGGAUCUGCACUGGAAUGACCGAAACAGCUUAUGGCCUCUUAACAGCAGAAGCGUCAGCAGUAUGGGGCUGUGAUACCUGUAUGGCUGACAAAGAUGUCCAGUUAAUGCGCACUAGAGAAACAUUCGGUCCACCUGCAGUGGGCAGUGAUGGCUAAUAACAGGCAUUCACUUCAGUGUUUGCCCACCCUCUGUGUAUUACAGAGGGUCAGUGACACAGGAUUUUAAUGUUUUACAUAAUUUUUUUAAAAUGCAUACAUGAAAAGAUUAUUUACCUUUUAGUUUUUAUUAAUACUCCACUUCAUUGCUAGUGCAUAUUUUGUAUUGUCUUGUUUGCUAUAAUAAAUAAGAAUAAUGUAUAUGGGGUGCAUUAGAAAGUACUAUACAAAUAAAUUUUAGUUGUUGUUAAACAUAAAAGCCUCUUGAAGCUUCAAGAUAAUGUAUAGCAAACGUAGGCAAGUUUUUACUUUUUUAAAAGUUACAAUCAUUGAAAAAUGUGUCAGUUAACCCUUGAACAACACAAGUUUGAACUGCAUACGUCCACUGAUUUUCAGUAAACGCAUACUGUAGUACUACAUGAUCCUUGGUUGGUUAAAUCCUAGGAUAGGGAAACACAGUUUUGGGGGGCUGACUGUAAAGUUGUAUGCAGUUCUUGACAGUGAAGAGAUUGGCACCCCUAGCUCCCACAUUGUUCAAGGGUCAAGUGUAUUUCACUGCUGAACUUCGGCAAUAUCAAAUUAAACAUUUAGUUCAAAGAAUAUUUGAGAAUCCAUGUAAUGUGUUUUCAGAAAGAAUAUAUGUAGCUAAAACAUGAAAGCAUACAUUUUAAUGGAUCUUCUAACAAAUAGUAGAGUAUGACACCAGAUUCCUCCCUUACUGGUGUUCCUGAAAUUAGUGACUUUAAUAUUAUCAAGUCAGUCUUUCUAGGAUGUCUGUUUGUACAGAUACAGGACAGAUGUUAGCAUAUAGUAGAUGUUCAAUAUGCAUUUGUUGAUUAACUUGUGGAUUGUACCACAUGAAAUUGCUAACGUAAGAUCAGUUGAAAAUUGACUACAAUUAGUAGAAUUGUCAUAAAGGGUGUUUUUAGUUGUGCUAUUUAGAAAUAUAACAAUAUUAUGCUCUUCACUCUUCAGUUUUCCUUGAUUAUUCAGUUGUUUUGUUAUUGUUUUCCAGAGAAAUAAAUAAUACAGUAUUCUCAGAAGAAUUGUGAAUACUUUUCUUAAUAUCAUUUCAAACUGGGACAUAAAAAAAUGAAUUUGACCUUACAGGGCUCUGCUGGCAGAAGAACUACUCAGUGGUGGUUUGAAAAAUCUUGUUCUUGGGAUCUGAAUUUAAAAAUGAGCCUCACAGGACUUCAAAAUCCAUUUUAAGUGAAGAUCAAUUAAGAGCCAAGGUGAGAGCUUACUGACAGCCAUUUGAGGCCCUGCAGGAGACACAAGUUUCUGCUGGGGCUGGGGAGAGUGUAAAAACAGACUUAAAAGUAUUCUCUUGAGGGAAGAUCAAGAAGGGAGACAGUUGGAGGUACACUCAUUAAGAUUUGAAACAACAGAAACCUGUUUUUGGAGUGGAUCAAAACCUGUGACCCAAAAAAAGGAUUCUAUAUGACAGUUGAUAGCAGUUUACACAAUGGUUGGUUGUUGGUAAAGCUCCCAAACUUGAACCAUCAUUCCUGUUGUGCCCAAAUCUGAAGACCUUGUGGUGAUCUGCAAAAGGGAUAGUGACAACCAUUUAAACCUUGGUGAAAUGACAGCAGCAGCAAUGUUGCCAAGAAACUUAAAUUAUGCUUGAAAAUUUUGAUUAUAUACCCUUUGAUUAGUAAAAAUGAACUGACACUUUUACAUGACAGCACUGGCAUCACAUGUCACAAGCCACUGACGCAAAGUUAAUUAUUUGAUUCUGUCGUUUCCAGCAUAGUCACCAGAACUUUGUCCAAUGAACUGGUGUAGUUUGCAUCGUUUGGAGCUUUUUCUAAGAAACUACAUGUUCUCCAAUUGAGAAACAGUAAUUGGAGGGUUUGAACAAUUUAUACAACAUAGCAAAUGAUGAAUUUUAUAAAAAUGAAAUAUUUAAUAUCCUGUUAGAAGAAAAUUAUUAAUGCUCAUGAUGCGUAUUUUGAUUGAAUAAAACUUAUUUUUUUAAAUAGUGUUUUAAUUGUGACCAACAAAAACAGCAAUUUCAUAUGGUACAAGGUAAUAUAAAUAAGGUUUUUCCCAUUUACCUGUGACUAGUUAGAGGUGGGUACAAAAUAUUUUAAGCAUAGCUGUAAGAUAAAUAUCUUUAUAGUUUUAGGAAAUGGUAUAAACUCUCAUACUAGGUACUCCUUUGUGUGAAAAUUUAACCAUUUGAAGCAGAUUAAAAUGCAGUACAUUGGGCUGACUCUUGACAUUUGAUUGUUCAGUAGCAUACUUGAAGAUCAUAUUUUGCUUACAUUGUUUAGUAGCAUACUUGAAGAUCAUAUUUUGCUUACAUUGUAGCUUUUGUUAUUUUCUAAAUGUGUAAGGAUCUAGUUAAGUUGUUUUUGAAAUCCCAAUUAGUGCUAUUUUUUAGAUAUAAUGCACUGCAUGCUAUAAACCCAGUUCUAGCAUCAGAUGGUGAUUAAAAAAGAAAUGACUGAGUACAGUUAGAUACUGAGUAGAACCUUCCAGUGUCCUCAGGAGUUAACACAGUAGUACUCGCUGUGUUCAUUGCUAAAACUGGUGAGAAGCAGUUUCUAAAGCCCUCUGUUGCUUACAGUUUUAUUAGUUAUGAAUGUUUUGUGAAAAGGAAAUAACCUCUCUCAAAUUAGUCUAAAAAUACUUGAUUUAUAAUGUGACUUUUAUUUUCCAUUUCCAAAUAAUUGUUUUUAAAAUUUUACAAACAAGUGAAUUUGUUCUUGUGUUUAGGUCUUAAGAACACCUUACUUACUUAGAUAAGACUCUGUUAAAUAUCCAAAAGAGGAAAAAAACAUGGUUGAUUCCAGCAGUGAAUUACAGGCAAACUGUAAUCAUAACUGACAAACGUUUUCAUCUAUUUGAAUUAAUUUUAUUACUAGUUCUACAUUUGUCUAUAUAACACUGUCAGAAGUUUUCUAGAGGCUUUUUGGUAGGGAAGUGAUGAACUUUAAGAAGGCCAGAUAUGAAUUUGCCUAAUAUGACUCAAAGAAGACUGUUACACAAAUUGAUGUGGCUUUCAUAAUGCAAGUGAUGAGUUGCCCUAAAUUUCAAAAUAUUUAAAGAGGGAAUGAGAUGCAUAAUCUUCUAGUAACAUCACACCUUUUUUAGCAUAAUCCUCUUCCUUCACUGAAAGGACCUCAUCUCACAUGCACACAUAUAUACAAGGACACACACAUGUGCAGUUGAGCAUGAAAUGUUGGGGUUUCUCCUACAUUCUCAAGUUUUGCCAGAGUUCAGCCUGGCUGUCAGCAGCUGGCUCCCUCAACAAGACUCGGUUACUGAUAGAAAGUUUUAAAACAUCAGUUCCUUUCUCAGAACUCGCUUUGUUCAUUUCACGAGAGAAUUCUUGAACCACUUGCUUCCAGAUGCUACUGGACUCACAGAAAUAAUUUAGCUUGUAAAAGAAAAAUAAAUUAUUCUUCAGAUAGAGUGCUUAGAAUUAGAUUUGUGAUCCGUGUUUUCCUUGUGUGUGAAAUACUUUAGAGUACUGCUAUUAUGAUUCUUGUUAUCCAAACUAGAAGAUUAUGUACAUAAAACUGAAGAUUUUCUUGUACUAGUGCUUAUUCUUCUUAGAUGAACACAAUAUAAGAAAUCCAAUUUGUGUGUGUAUGUGUUUAGAUUCCCAACUCUUCCUAGUGGUAGGAAAAAAACUGCAAUAAUAGGUCACCCUGAUAUCUGCUGACUUUAAUCAUCCAGGUAAAAUAUCGGGAGUUUUCUUCUAAUACUCUUCCAAAUUUGUUUGUCUUGAACAAACUGAGUGCUAGUACUUACUAUUCAACAUGUUAUAGUAAUUGUAUUUAAUAGUAAAUAUAUAUAUAUAAGCAAUGAUUUUUAAAGGGAGCUCGAGAGAGUUUUUUGAUUUCUUUUUUGCAGUUUAUAGAGGUUUCAUAUGCAUGAGUGUUUUGUUAUUUAAGAUCUUUUUAAUUAAAAGCAUCAAGAUUCCCAAAGUUCAUUUGUGAAUAGCGAUUUAGAACUCUCUAUAAGAUGACUAGAUUCUUAGGGAAGCUCAUAAAGGCUUAUUUAAACCUCAUAUAGUUAGCCAAUUGUAUCAUGCUGAGUGCUCCUUCUUUAGGAGAACCAAUCAAUGUAGGAAGGAGAAAGGAGAGGUCUUACCUUUUUCCUGAUUGGACACAGGAAGGUUACGUUCUUUGGUGUGAGUGUUUCCCAGUUGCCCUCCUACCAUCCUAAAUUCUCCAGUGAAAUGCUCUAGAAACCAACCUGCCUUUUCCCUUCCUGGAUGUUCUGUACUUCAAAAUUUCAUAUCUUUCUUCAGAAGCCACACUUCUUUGUUGGCUGUGGUUGGCUAGAUUUUUAAGGGGGAAAUGUUUUCCAAUAAGUUUUGAACAAAGUGAAGAAUAUGGGAUUAAAUUUCUCAUGUUUUAAAGACUUUAUGCAGAAUGAAUCUUAAUAUCUUAGAUUUUCGGCAAUAUGACCACAUUUCAGUCACCAUAGAAAGCAGUAUUUUUAUUAGAUCGAUACCUUGAGAGUACUUCCCAGUUUCCUUUGAGACUUUUCACUUUUUUCUCUGCUUCAGAACUCAGAGAUUUCCUUAUUUCCAAAUUUCAGUAACUUCCCCAUUUCCUGUAUUCCAUUUAUCCUAUAAAGUAGUAUAGAAGUCGCAUCUGUAUUUUUCCAACUCUUGGUACAGUGAUGGGAGCUUAGAGGCACCCCUGGAGUAAAGGAACUAGGAUGGCAUUAGUAUUUGCCAAGACAAGUGGUCUAGGGCAAGUAAAGGGAAGGAAGUUUUCAUUGAAAACUUAAUGAAAGCCAAUGGAUAAGCUUCAUCUUAUGUCAUAUUUUGUCAAAACACAUUAUUUGUAAUUAUAUUAAAAUUCUAAAUACCUGUCCUUUUCUUGUUCUGUAGGUGAUGUAGAUGAUGUUGCUUGUUAGUUAAAAUACCUUUUAUAAAAGAAAGUCCUGCUUCUUAUCAUGAUGUAUGUGACUUAAAUGACUGUUUCAUAUUAAAACUAUUUCUUCCUUAUGUACUGCUUACAUAUACCUCUUUUUGGGAUAUUAGUUCAGUACUUUUAUACAAAUCUGAGUGUGUUCCACAUUGGUGACAUGUAUUUUUGCAGUAAAUUUUUGUUUUGUUCUUAGAGCAUGUUUAAAGUAACACAUGCACUAGUGCUGUGAUCUGUGGCAAAAUUACUGUAAUUCAAAUUGGAAAAUAAAAUGUUUCCAGACUUUGUCCAACAUUUAUUCCUAUGGCAAAGGAAAUUACUAUGUAAUACUAAUUAUUUCUUAUGCUGAUAUGUUUAAGCUACUCUAUGAAGUAUGUGAGACAUCAGUAUUUAUGGGUUAGUAUUAAUAGAUGGCCUGAUGUCUGAAAUGGAAGAGAGGAAUAAAAUUUGGUGUUGGCAGUUCCUAGAAGCACUCAUAAUAAAUACUUUUUAAAAAUUUGAUCUUCCUCUUACAGUUAUAAUUUACUAAGGAAUUAUCUUAACUGACAGUGCAUAUUAGAUUUUUUUAGCCUGUAUCAUGUCUCCCAACCAAGAAAGAUAUCAUUCACUCCACCAUAAUCAAAAUAAAUAGUAAUAGUAAUCUUCAUUUAUUGAGAAACUAUUUAUUAAAAUAACAUGAAAUGCCUCUAGUUAGAAUUUGUAACCAUUGAUUCAAGGCUUGAUUGGUGUUUGUACUCUCUGAUGAAAAGAUUUGUUAAUGAAAAUAAUAAGAUUUUAAAGAAGAAUGUUUAAUCUUGAAAAAAAUUUUAGCUUUUUAUAAGCAUUUAUUUCAGAAUACUAGUUUAAAAGCAUUAUUUUGUCAUCAAACCAAGUAUGCAAAAGAAUUGUAAUAGAUAAUACUUGCAGAUUUGCAUAUUUGAAAUUACACACUUAACAGAAAAAAAAUGCUUGUGAGUGCUUAAACUGCAUAUCUUUUUAAAAUAUUCAAAAUUUCAGACUUUUAUCAAUUUAAACUAUCCUGGAUUGAUAAAAUUUUACUAUAUCAGUGAUGUAUAUUACAAGGUUAAUGUCUACUGAUGUUGUCAUUUUGGGCAUGGUUGUUUUGGUAUGUAUCAUACAUUUGAUUGUCAGCUAUUGAUAGAACUGACAUAGCAAUGAAUCUCAGUUCUUAAAGAAAAAAAUUCCAGAUGCCAUACUGUGUCAUAAUCCCAUUAUAUUUUAUUUGCAUACUCAGUGUUUUCAUGGGUUUCUUUUUUUUUUUUUAGUUUAACAUGUUAGUUUUUUUUUUUCCUGGUACUUCAUAUACAGUCUUUUAGAACUGGAUCUAUUUCUAUUUGAAUCAUAGAAUUUUAAAGAAGUAUUCGUAUUAAAUGAUUCAUGAAUUGCUUUGUGGAAAAAUUUGAAUAAAGUAUGAAAUGACUAGGUUACCUCCAAAUUAUUUAUUUUCUUUAUGUAGUUAACAUGCAGGUUACAGUUUUCAAAAAAAAUUGGCUUGGUAACUGAAUGCAGUAGAUAAUGGGCAGUUUGGCUUCCAACUAGUAAACCAAAUAAUUCUCAAUUCUGAAUACUUUUUAAUAAUUACUGUAAAUAAUGGUAAGCCAGUUUUCAUUUCUCUUUUUAAGAUACUAAUUUCCUCCUUAUUAUUCUUUUUCCUUAAACAUCUGCUAGAAUUUUAAAAUUGGAGUUUAACUUAUCUUCCACAUUUUAGUUUUUUAUUCUAUAGGUAAGUAGUAAGAUGUGUAGAGGUUAUAUCAAAACAGUCUGUGUUAUUGUUGGCUGUUCUUUUCAGGGAUCAUGCUAAAUGUCAUUUGUGCAUUGUAUAAUGUUAUUUACCAGUAUAUAGACCUACUAUUAGUUGAAAUUAUGUAUGGCAGGCUUUCUUGAACAAUAUGUAUUGUAAAUUUGUUUCCUGUUAGUGUUAUGCUUUAGAUUCUUUUAAAUAAAGCUAGUUUUUAAAGAGAAAA